AUGAGACCGGAAUCGAUUGAACGCACGACGUCUUUGGGGUUUGGCUGGUAUACUAGAAAGCUUCACUGGAACUGGAUUGAUCAUGAUGAAUUGCCGUUUUCCGACCAGAAGCUGUAUAUCAAACUACAAAGUUUCACUAAUAUUUUUUUCUGUUUGCCUCGAAUUUUCAGGGAUUGGGAGUUGUGCUGCUGUCAAUCACAGCUUCUUUGA